AUGUCUCUGACAACACGCCUCACCUCGGCCAACCAGGCUGACGAGGCCGAGGACUUCCUCGCCGACAGCCUGGGCGUCGUUUUCCCCGACGAUGUCAUGACCCUGCACGGCGACGCCUCGAACGCGCUGCGCUACACCUCGCCGCACCUGCCCAAGCCGCUGCACAUCCAGCUCGCGGACCCGGACUCGGAGGACGACCGCCGCCUGUUCGGCCACUAUCUCUGGAACUCCAGCCUGAUGCUCGCCGAGUUCGUCGAGGCCGGGGCCCUGGACGUGCAGCUCCUGCGGCCCCUGGGCUGCGGAGGCGAAGACAGCCGCCUGGCGACGGCCGCGCCCGGUGCGGAUAGGUUGGGGGAGAAGGCCUUCGACGUCCGCGGCCUCGACACCAUCGAGCUCGGGGCCGGGACUGCGCUGCCGAGCAUCAUGGCCUCGCUGCUGGGCGCCAAGAGCGUCGUGGUCACCGACUACCCUGCGCCGCCGAUCAUGGAGGUGCUGCACAAGAACGUGGCCCACAACACGCAGCCCGUCUUCUCGCCCUCGGGCGCCGCGUCCGACUCGAUACUGGUCGACGGCCACGCGUGGGGCCAGCUGGACACACCGUUCGCCCGGGCCCGCAGGCGCGGGUUCGACCGCGUCUUCGUGUGCGACUGCCUCUGGAUGCCGUGGCAGCAUGCCAACCUGCGGGCGUCGAUCGACUGGUUCAUGAAGGACGGGCCGACAUCGCGGGCCUGGAUCGUGGCUGGGUUUCACACGGGUCGGCAGAACAUGUCUGGUUUCUUCAACGAGCGGGCGCUGGCCGGGUCCGGGCUCGAGGUCGAGAGGAUAUGGGAGCGGGACUGCGACGGGGCCGAGCGGGCGUGGGCGACGGAGCGCAAGGACGACAGCCUCCGGAAGCGCUGGAUGGUCGUUGCGGUCCUCAGGCGCCUGGCCCGGAUGCCAGUCGCCAGCGGCAGCGAGACCUGA